CAUUUCAUUUGUGAACGGAGUGUUGCGUCACUCUUUUGUUUACUAUUUUGUUAUUUUUGUUUGAACUUUGGGUUUGGAAAUCGUCGGGAUUUCAGAAGUGCAAGUUCAGUUGUCAAAUAAAGUGAAUCUUGAUAUAUUUAACAUUUCUAAGUUUUGUAAGUGCAUUUCAAAGGCGCUUUUUAAAGGACUUUUGUGGACAGUGUGUAAUGAUUAAAUUGAAUUGAAAGUUGCGUCACAUUUUGGAUUUAAAUUGCAAUUGUUGUGAAACGCUGAAGCAGUCUUCGACGGUAACCUGGCGAAGGGUGUAUCGUCCGCUGUUGAUUUAAGUUAUUUACAUGAUACUAGAAGAGUUUUCGUACAACAUGCCGCCUAAAAAGCGCGGGAGAGGGGUCAGUGACGCGAGUGACGAUGAUGAUGAUUAUAGAAAACGGAGAGACCGUAAUAAUGAGGCUGUAAAAAAGAGUCGGUUCAAAUCAAAGCAGCGGACACAAGAAACAUUCACACGGGUGAAUAAACUUAAGGAAGAAAACAAAGUCUUGGAGGAGAAAGUCAAGACACUAACAAAGGAGCUGCAAUUUUUAAAAGAAUUAUUUCUUGCACAUGCAUCAAAUACUCAGAAUAACCCUAAGUUUCAGAACAUUGACCUGGAAAAACUGUUAGCAGAAGUACCAGAUGACAAAGAACAAAAAAAGAGUAAAUAGUUUAAUAAUUAGUUUUGAAGACUGCACUUUAGUUUAAGUACAAUUAGGGAAAUGUGAUGAUAUUACGGCUUCAGACUAUUGUAUAAUUCAAUAACUUGGUGAAAUUUAGUAAAUUUUCGAAAUUAUUGAUUCACACAAUAAUAUUGUUGUAAAAAAAAAUUUAAAAACAGAUAAAAAUAUUCAGGUCCUAUCUGUAUGUAACUGUUGUGUAAUACUCUAAUGAGUCUUGUGAAAUACUUUUGAUUCUUGUAACUUAUUGACUAAAAUAACCUUUGACGAAAUUUAGUAAUAUUUAUGUGAACAUACAGGUACAAUCAACCACUUAUCAAUUUAACAUAGAGUUCCUACAGGGAUACACAAUAUACAGUUGUAGGUAGUUACCCUGCAUACCCUACAACUUUAUAUUGUGAUAUUAGCAUAUUCUUUGUCAUGUAUAUGUAUAAAGGCUAUUCUGAAAACAUGAAUUAAUGUUAUAAAAUACUAGAGGCCCACCCUGGCUUCACUAGUAAAGUAUAGAUAAGUAGUAUAAAUAAAAAAUUUAUCAUCUAUAUGUAUUAUAUGGUAAUAUCAAAAUAAAUUAUUUAACUAAAUCUUCUCUUGAUCUAUUGAAAAUACCCACAUGAGAAUUUGUUGGAUAGUUUUAAAAACCGUAAAAACCUAUCCAGGCGUACCUUGGGGCUGGAAGAAACUUUUCUUUAUACUAUGUAUACUGAUACCCAUUUAUAGAUCUGUUCCAAAUUAGUCUGAAAAAAAUAAUUUAAGGUAACAAUGGUCUGAUCCUGCGAAUUGGAGACGAAAAAGGAAGGAAAGUGGACCUUAUCCAAAGGGGUUUUUAUUCAAGUUUGAAUAUCGAAAGGUUUUUUUAUUCAAAUUGUGUAAAUAUUAUACAAUAUUUGUUCAUAAUAGCGAUGACUACAUUUUUUGUAAUUGUCUCAUGUUUACUUAUUUAGACGUUACAUAAAUGUAUCAUAGCUUAACAAAAAAGUAAAAUCCAGCAGUACUCAAUGGAUGGAAUUUAUAUGUGUUUAAACGUCAUACGCUGUAUACGAUUAACAAUUGCUCAAUAAAUAGGUAGGUGACAUAAGUCUACAAAUGAAACAACAAAGCGUUAUAAUAGUUUUUUUUUAUUGAAAAUAAUUUCUUAUGUACAUGCAUUAUGAAUAAGAUUAAUGAUACAAUUACAAUAAAAUAUUAAUUUAUAAUAGC